AUGCCUGGCAUCAACCAACUCCCGGCUGGGUCAGAAGGGGCGGCAGCCAUCUCGCUCAUAUGGGCGUCGACUAGCUGGAUCUGCAGCAGCUUGCUGCUGUGGCUGACAUGGUCGCACCACGAAGGAUGGUCUUACCUUUCGCUGCUAGCUGUGUCGUCGAUAUCCAGCACGACCUUCUCCAUUGUGCAGCAAAUACGAGACAUCACGUUUUACGUCGAUAUAGUGACGGAGGGAUUCGAGCGCAAGUUGAGACUACCCGCCGACGACCCAGAACUAGCCAUCGCCAAUGGGUCCUUUGGAGCUGACUUGGUCCUCUAUUAUCUUCAGUACUACCUGUACAGCGUGCAGGCAAUGCUGGUCAUGUUCUGGGCGGCUGAACUGUGCCAGUUGACAUAUCAAGUUGGGGAGCGGCGGGCGAUUAGGCUCACGUUCCGCAAGCUGCACACCGCGGGGAAGUUGAUCUCGUGGCUUCUGCCCUUGCUGACUAUUCUGAUGCUACGAAUCCCGUCACUUAAGGAGUCUUUCGUGGCUUUUAUCCUCAUUGCCGACUUACCUUUGAUGAUCAGCCUUGCCAUAGGCAGUGGGCUUAUGAUAGCAGUUCUGAUCAGAUACGUGAGGACAAGACAAGAGUUCACACAAUGGAGCCCGCCAGAUUGGAACUCCGGUUCGACUUCACAAGGGGGCACAGCAGCCGCCGGCUCUCGAGACAGCUCGCACCGUAACUUGUCGGGAAGACGUGGACUCUACGAUAGAUGGCUCAUGGUUCGCUUCACCAUCGCUUUUGUCUCCCUAGCGAUAUUUGAGUGCACCAACACUCUCUUUCAAGUAACGGCAUUGCAAAACAACAUCAAAGACUCAAAGGCUUCUGCGCCGGACUUGAGCGCGGGCCAUGCGAUACAGACCAUGGUCCUUUUCAUGCCCGGAACAACACCAGGCAUCUUCAUCUUCGUCGUCUUCGGCACCACAGCUUCGUCGAGGAAGAAGCUCGCCAACCUGCUGAUACCAAAGAGCUGGCGCGAGUCGCCGAGCUGCUGCUUUGGCGGCCGCAAGAGCCGCUCGUCCACAGCCGACCCGCUCUCGUCGGGCGAAGGCGGCAUAACCGUCAAGCGCUCCUUGACCGUCACAUCAACGAGCCGACUGCGCGCCGGCCAAGCAUACGAUGACGAUUUCUCCGAGCCGAGCAUGAUAUCGAUGGAUGAUCUUCCCGGGCGGUCGGACGGCACACGAUCAGUGCAGAUCUCGCACAUGAAGCCAUUACCCCUGACACCAGGCUCGCCGCCCACGUCGAGAUUCAAUACACCGACCAAGGACAGUUCGCGCAGUGGUGGCACGACAUCAAAUGUGAGGGAACUGACAUCGAUUGAGGAGAAGGACAGCGUCGGGGGCGGGGCGCUGACGAGGACGAACACGGACGAUUCCCUCCGGGUCCCGAAUAUUCAAGUCCUGGGGGCGGAGCAUAGCGAUGAUUCGGGGCCGAUAUUGCCGAUACAAGGUCACGAGGUACGACUUUCGAGGGACAUGUUCACGCUGAACAGGGAGGGGAGCCGAAGUAAGGGAGACAGGAAGUCCCUGAACUUUUUGAGGCCGAAUCGAUAG